AUGGAGGCCUUCAACACCAUUGCCAGCAACAUCCUAACAGUAGAAAGAUCCGCCCCUGUCCCGGUCCUACCGGAACAAGACACACCCGGGGGUUCCAUUUUCUUAAGUAGCAUUGACAAUGUGGCUUUGACAAUCAUGUCAACCGUUUAUUCCUUCAACAGGAGCGAUGCGGAUGUGGCAGGCGUGAUUAAGCAAGCUUUAUCCAAAGUUUUGGUUUAUUACUAUCCUCUCGCAGGGAGGUUAGCCAAGAACUCUCAGGGAAAGUUGAUUGUCGAUUGCCAGAAGAAGUUUGCAGUCCCAUUUGUGGAGGCAUCGGCCAAUUGCGACAUCGAAAAUCUGGGCGAUAUCCAAAUCAUGGAUUCUGGUACUUUGGGAAAGCUCGUUUACAGAGACCCUACUGAAAAUAUGCUGGAAGAUGGACCCCUUCUAACAGCACAGGUUACAAGGUUCAAAUGUGGAAGUUUCACUUUAGGGAUCGCACUUCACCACUGCAUGGUGGACGGCAUCGGCGCAUUUCAAUUUGUGAACUCGUGGGCUGAGUUAGCAAGAGGUAAACCAUUAUCCAUGGUUCCUUGUCACGACAGAACAAUUUUGAAGCCACGGGUGCCACCUCAAAUUAGCGGUCCUUAUGACGACUUUGUUCACGUGAGCGAUGUAUCGAACUUCAUGGAAUUAUACCAAAGAGAGCAAAUGGUGUAUAAAUCUUUCCACUUUGAUGGUGAGAAGCUGGCGACCCUAAGAAAAAUGGCAACACCUGAUGGACAUGUUAUGAGCAACUGCUCCAACUUUGUCGCGCUCUCGGCUCUAGUAUGGCGGUCUCGAAGCAUUGCACUCAAGAUGAAACCGCACCAACUGUCGAAGCUUCUCUUAACGGUCGAUAUCCGACCAAAGCUGGGAACAUCAAUGCGCGAUGGAUACUUUGGGAAUGCCAUAAUCGCAUCUUCCUGUCUCUGCACCGCUGGACAGCUGAUUGAUGAGCCGAUCUCUUCCACAGCGGGAAAAAUAAAUGAGGCGAUCGAGAGGGUGACAGAGGACUACGUGCGGUCGUCGCUCGAUUUCAUGGACACGUACCAAUUUGAUCCUUACUCAGUGAGCUCCCUGUUGAUAAGUUCAUGGUUGAGGCUGGAUUAUAGCUGCAUAGACUUUGGAUGGGGAGGGCCGAGGCAGUUCGGCACCGGCAACCCACCACCGAAUCUCUGCAUGUUUAUGAGGGAAGACACUGAGAAUAAGAAGGGCAUUGUGGUGGUGUUGGGCUUGCCACUUUCGGCUAUGAACACGUUCCAAGAGUUGGUUCAAAUAUAAGCUCAUUACCAGAGAUUGAACCCCUUCGCCACUUAUUAUUCCAAUAAUUCUCCUCAUUCAUUUGUGUUAUUUGUUUGGGAGAAGUGCAAACAAUGCUAUAUUGAUGUUUUCUGUUUAAUUAAGACAAACUAAAUUAGCCAUGGUUUAUUUUUGCUUACUUAUUUCACCAUCACUGUAUGCAACAUGUUCCUAUUCGCUCUAU